GGCACCUAAUAUACACUUUGGCCGCAGUCACGCAGUUAUGUACACAUAUUUUUGUAAAAUUACUCUUGCCUAUUCAACAAUCCCAUGAGUUCUACAAAAGAAGAUUCAAAUGUGGGAGCAAAAAUUGAGAAAAAACAUAAAAAUGGAGAAAAAAAGGCAGAUUUGGGAGCCGGCUUCUGUUACAGAAUGGCGGUGACACUUCUCGGGCUUGGCUUUGGAUUCCUACAUGGCUGGCAUGUGUCAACGCUUUUUGAAAAUGACAGACACUUCUCUCAUCUUUCAGAUAUUGAAAGGGAAAUGUCAUUUAGAACUGAAAUGGGAAUGUACUAUUCCUACUAUAAAACCCUUGCAGAGGCAGAUAAUCUCAACAUUGGUUUCGAAAGAAUCGAAUCUGAUAACAUUUCUGAAUAUCCAAAUGUCAUUGAUGCCACCCAUAAAUACAGCAUUUUACCUGAGACCAUAGCAGGAUCCCUUUAUCAUAUUGGAAAAAGCAGCGGUCUUUUAUCAAGACCUCAAUGCUGGCAGAUUGAAAGAGGAAACGAUCUUCCACCUGUAAUGAGUUGCGAAGGGUUGGGGGUACCUAUUUAUUUUUACCUGGAAAUUGUUUGGUACCAUGCAACCUUGACUGGCACAAUUAUUUUUCUCUAUGCUACAUAUUUGAGCGAUUCAAUUUAUGGAGGAUUACUUGCAAUAUUUUCCUUUUUUUAUAACCACAAUGAGUGCACGAGAGUCCAAUGGACUCCAGCUUUAAGGGAAAGUUUUGCCUAUCCGGCCUUACUUUACCAAAUGUACAGAGUUACAGAAUUUAUAAGAGGACAUCGAGAAAUCAAGUCGAAAUUGACCAAAUUGUACACAUACACGGACAUCAUUAUGGCUAUGAUAUACAGUUUCCAAACAUGGCAAUUUUCCCAGUUCAUUUUCUUCACCCAAAUUGUAGCUUUGCUAUUUCUGAAAUGGAUCAAAAUAAUCCCUCGGGAUUUGUGUCGAAAAAUGUUUAUAAUUCAUGUACUCUCAGCUUUAAUUAUAAUUAUGGAUUCAGAAAACACUCUUCUAUCUCAAUCCUUGUACUGGUGCCUUCUCUUCAACCAUGUGUACUGCGAAUUUAUCAGUGAAAAACUGUCUCACUUCUUCAGUUCAUCGAGCACUGUCUGGAUAGAAAUUAUUUCCACGUUAGUUUCCACAAUCAUGACAAAGUCAUAUAUCAUGAAGUCAGAAGACGAUAAUCAUAUUUUCGAUCUACUCAAAUCAAAGAUCACAAAUUACAAAAAUUUCCACACGAUGUUGUACACCUGUUCUGUUGAAUUUGAUUUCCUGCAGUACGAGACUUACAAAACGAUAAUAAUGACUGCACUUUUGCCUACUGUUAUCCUUGCUGGGGUGAUCACAAUUUAUUACUGGUACAGAAAUUUUAAGAAAGAAGGUUAUCCUGAUUGCAUUGAACCUGAAGUGGCUUACAAUGCUUUGCAAUGUGGAGCUUUUAUUGUAAUGGCAUUUUUUAUCAUGAGACUGAAGCUUUUUAUGACACCACAUUUGUGCAUAAUUGGUGCAUUGGUUGCCGGGAAAAGAUAUCUUGGCAAAUUUGGAAUUAAAGGUGAAGCUUCCAGAGGAGCCUUGGUUGUUCUAAUUUUAGCUUUGAUGACCUACAAUGGAAUCCAAAGACUUCAGGAAGAAAGAAGUCAUGUUGCUCAAUACAGUAACAUUGAACAGGAAGAAUUAUUUGAAUGGAUAAAAGCAAAAACCCCAAAAUCUGCAGUAUUUGCUGGAAAAAUGUCCCUGAUGGCAAACCUGAUGCUAUCCACAGGCAGGCCAAUUGUGAAUAAUCCUUAUUACGAAAGUAAAGAAAUGCGAGGUCGAACGAUAAAAGUCUACGAGAUAUUUAGCAGAAAGGAACCAUCAGUCGUUUAUGAAACUUUGAGAAAUCUUCAUGUUGAUUAUAUAGUUUUGGACGAAAGUUUAUGUUUUGGUUUUGGGAAUGUAAAACCUGGAUGCAGAAUGGUCGACUUAAUGGAUUUAGUCGACAGUGGAAAGGACAAAAAAUCCGGAAAACCGCCAGUUUGUCCCAUCCUUUUUCGGGGUUACAACCAUCUCUUCAGAAGAGUUUUUUCGAAUCGGGGUUACGUUGUUCUAAGUCUAGAAUAUUCUAAGUACGUCGAGAUAAGACCGCAAAAAACGAUUGCUUAUCAGUCCUAACGAAUAUCGUGCCUAUUUUCUACCUUUAGAAGUUUAGUCAAGAAUCCAACGUUAUGCAUUUAUAACUUAUUUUUUCAUAAUAUUCCAUUAGCUGAUUUAUACAGAGUGCAGAACUGAUUACCUAUUAGCAUUAUUGAACCAUCGAUCAAUCAUCGAAUAAUUUUUCUACUUUUUAUUUUUAAGUAUAUUACGUGAGAAUUGAAUGCUAGAAUGGCAUAAAAAAUGGAUCAGUUGCUAUGCAUUUUCGAAUAUGAUAUAGAUGUGGUUUAAAUUUUAGCAUUGUCUUUAAACAGCUUUUCCUGGGUUGGAAAAAUUAUGUUUUAUCCACGUAGUAGUAUAAAGGAGACCCCACUCCCGGAAAACUUGGACGCGUGAAAUCGGAUUUAACUAGUUUGCAUCGCCCGUAACGCCUCUUGCGGAAAAAUGCGAAACCGAGAACAUUUUCAAAAUUCCCUGAUUUACCUUGACUAAUUUUUUAUUUCAAAUCAUUAAUAUUCAAUUACCA